UCAGGGAUCCCAGGUGGACCCGGGAGAGCUGUUGGAGGCUGAGAAGGGCUGGUGAUCAUCGCAUACCACACAUAGGUGGAGGGCUGUUAUUCUGUUUCCCGCCUAAGAGAGGAUACCCCUAUUGUUUCUGAAAACGCUGACCAGGACCCACACUUCCAACAAAAAUUCCUCUAUCCCCGCAACAGCAGCAAAAGCAGCGGCAGAAGCAACAGCAAUAGAGAAGUGUUUUGAUGAAUUGCAAGAUGGAUAGGGCUUUCAGUGCCCCCAGCCCUGCUGAUACCAAACGCCUUUAAGAUACAGCCUUUCCCAUCCUAAUCUACAAAGGAAACAGGAAAAAGGAACUUAAAACUCCCUGUGCUCAGACAGAAAUGAGACUGUUACAGCCUGCUUCUGUGCUGUUCCUUCUUGCCUCUGACUUGUAAACAGGACCCAGUAGAACAUGCGAAUGGAAAGUCACAAACCUCUUGGUGUCUGAAAGGAUCCUUGGGACCUCAUGCACAUCUGCGGAAACUGGAUGGAGAGAUUUGGGGAAGCAUGGACUCUUUAGCUGGCUUAGUUCUCUAUGGAGUCAGCUUGCUCCUUUCUGGAACAGUGGACAGUGCCAUGGACCUGAUCUUGAUCAAUUCCCUACCUCUCGUGUCUGAUGCGGAAACAUCCCUCACCUGCAUCGCCACUGGAUGGCGCCCCCAUGAGCCCAUCACCAUAGGAAGGGACUUUGAAGCCUUAAUGAACCAGCACCAAGAUCCACUGGAAGUUACUCAAGAUGUGACCAGAGAAUGGGCGAAAAAAGUCGUUUGGAAGAGAGAAAAGGCUAGUGAAAUCAAUGGUGCGUAUUUCUGUGAAGGGCGAGUUCGAGGAGAAGCAAUAAGGAUACGGACCAUGAAGAUGCGCCAGCAAGCUUCCUUCCUACCAGCUACUUUAACCAUGACUGUGGACAGGGGAGAUAAUGUGAACAUAUCUUUCAAAAAGGUGUUGAUUAGAGAAGAAGAUGCAGUGAUUUACAAAAAUGGUUCCUUCAUCCACUCAGUGCCCCGGCACGAAGUACCUGAUAUUUUAGAAGUGCAUCUGCCUCAUGCUCAGCCCCAGGAUGCUGGAGUGUACUCAGCCAGGUACAUAGGAGGAAACCUCUUCACCUCGGCCUUCACCAGGCUGAUAGUCCGGAGAUGUGAAGCUCAGAAGUGGGGACCUGAAUGCAACCGCAUCUGCACUGUUUGUAUGAACAACGGUAUCUGCCAUGAGGAUACAGGAGAAUGCAUUUGCCCACCUGGGUUUAUGGGGAGGACAUGUGAGAAGGCUUGCGAACUGCACACAUUUGGCAGAACUUGUAAAGAAAGGUGUAGUGGACCGGAGGGAUGCAAGUCGUAUGUGUUUUGUCUCCCAGACCCCUACGGGUGUUCCUGUGCCACAGGGUGGCAGGGUCUGCAGUGCAAUGAAGCGUGCCAGCCUGGUUAUUAUGGGCCAGACUGUAAGCUUACAUGCAGGUGCAGCCACGGGGAGACGUGUGAUCGGUUCCAAGGAUGUCUCUGCUCUCCAGAACGCCAAGGGCUCCAGUGUGAGAAAGAAGGCAUGCCAAGGAUGGUCCCAAAGAUAGAGGAUUUGCCGGAUCACAUAGAAGUAAACAGUGGUAAAUUUAAUCCCAUCUGCAAGGCGUCUGGUUGGCCACUGCCUGCUAAUGAAGAAAUGACUCUCGUGAAGCCAGAUGGAACAGUGCUCCAUCCAAAAGACUUCAACCAUACGGGUCAUCUGUCAGUGGCCACAUUCACCAUCCACCGGGUCCUCCCCCCUGACUCAGGGGUCUGGGUCUGCAGUGUGAACACAGUGGCUGGGAUGGUGGAAAAGCCUUUCAACAUUUCUGUUAAAGUUCUUCCAAAGCCCCUGAAUGCCCCAAACGUGAUUGACACUGGACAUAAUUUUGCUGUCAUCAACAUCAGCUCUGAGCCUUACUUUGGGGAUGGACCAAUCAAAUCCAAGAAGCUCCUAUACAAACCUGUUAAUCAUUAUGAGGCUUGGCGGCAUAUUCAAGUGACAAAUGAGAUUGUUACACUCAACUAUUUGGAACCUCGCACAGAAUACGAGCUCUGCGUGCAGCUGGUCCGGCGUGGAGAGGGCGGGGAAGGGCAUCCGGGACCCGUGAGACGCUUCACCACUGCUUCUAUCGGUCUCCCUCCUCCAAGAGGUCUCAUUCUCCUACCAAAAAGUCAGACUACUCUAAAUUUGACCUGGCAACCAAUAUUUCCAAGCUCAGAAGAUGACUUUUAUGUUGAAGUGGAGAGGAGGUCUGUGCAAAUGAAUAGUGACCAGCAGAAUAUCAAAGUCCCAGGCAACUUGACUUCCGUGCUACUUAACAAUUUACACCCCAGGGAGCAGUACAUAGUCCGAGCCAGAGUCAACACCAAGGCCCAGGGGGAAUGGAGUGAAGAUCUCAUCGCUUGGACCCUUAGUGACAUUCUCCCUCCUCAACCAGAAAACAUUAAGAUUUCUAACAUCACAGACUCCUCAGCCAUGAUCUCUUGGACAAUCUUGGAUGGCUAUUCUAUUUCUUCUAUUAUCAUCCGUUACAAGGUUCAGGGCAAGAAUGAAGACCAGCACAUCGAUGUGAAGAUCAAGAAUGCCACCAUUACCCAGUAUCACCUCAAGGGCCUAGAGCCUGAAACAGCUUACCAGGUGGACAUUUUUGCAGAGAACAACAUAGGGUCAAGCAACCCAACCUUUUCUCAUGAACUGAUGACCCUUUCUAAAUCUCAAGCACCAGCGGACCUUGGAGGCGGGAAAAUGCUGCUUAUAGCCAUCCUUGGCUCAGCAGGAAUGACCUGCCUGACGGUGCUGUUGGCCUUCCUGAUCAUGUUGCAAUUGAAGAGGGCAAAUGUCCAAAGGAGAAUGGCCCAAGCUUUCCAAAACGUGAGGGAAGAGCCAGUUGUGCAGUUCAACUCAGGAACUUUGGCCCUGAACAGGAAGGCCAAAAACAACCCAGAUCCUACAAUUUAUCCAGUGCUUGACUGGAAUGACAUCAAAUUUCAAGAUGUGAUCGGGGAGGGUAACUUUGGCCAGGUUCUUAAGGCGCGCAUCAAGAAGGAUGGCUUACGGAUGGACGCUGCCAUCAAGAGAAUGAAAGAAUAUGCCUCCAAAGAUGACCACAGGGACUUUGCUGGGGAACUGGAGGUUCUCUGUAAACUUGGCCACCACCCAAACAUCAUCAAUCUCUUGGGAGCGUGUGAACAUCGUGGCUACCUGUACCUGGCCAUCGAAUACGCUCCCCACGGAAACCUCCUGGACUUCCUGCGCAAGAGCCGAGUGCUGGAGACCGAUCCCGCCUUUGCCAUUGCCAACAGCACCGCCUCCACGCUGUCCUCCCAGCAGCUUCUCCAUUUUGCAGCAGAUGUGGCCCGUGGCAUGGACUACUUGAGCCAAAAACAGUUUAUCCACAGGGAUCUGGCUGCCAGGAACAUUUUAGUUGGUGAAAACUAUGUAGCCAAAAUAGCAGAUUUUGGAUUGUCCCGAGGUCAAGAAGUAUAUGUGAAGAAGACAAUGGGAAGGCUCCCGGUGCGCUGGAUGGCAAUCGAGUCGCUAAAUUACAGUGUGUAUACAACCAACAGUGAUGUAUGGUCCUAUGGAGUGCUCCUAUGGGAGAUCGUUAGCUUAGGUGGCACUCCUUACUGCGGGAUGACAUGUGCAGAGCUGUACGAGAAGCUGCCCCAGGGCUACAGACUGGAGAAGCCUCUAAACUGUGAUGACGAGGUGUAUGAUCUAAUGAGACAGUGCUGGCGGGAGAAGCCUUAUGAGAGACCGUCAUUUGCCCAGAUACUGGUGUCCUUAAACAGGAUGUUAGAAGAACGCAAGACUUACGUGAACACCACGCUUUAUGAGAAGUUUGCCUACGCAGGGAUCGACUGCUCAGCUGAGGAGGCAGCCUAGGACCAAGCCCACCCACCUAUAUGUUCUGUCUCCCCUCCACUGGCAUGACAGACCCUUGAUGCCAAGCAAGCCAGCAAGACUGUGCCAAGAGAGGUGACCUAGAACAUAAACAUGUACAUAUAUUGCUGUGUGUCUGGGACUUUACCACAAAAACCCGUGUGUGUGAAUCUAUAGUACACUUUGACUCUCAUAGGACUGUAUAUACUGUUUUGAGUAAGAAUGUGCUGAAAUCAGAAUGCCUGUUUGUGGUUUCAUAUGCAAUAAUAUAUUUUUCUAAAAAUAUGGACUUUACAGGAAGGUGUGUGAGUACAGUUACUAUAAUGCAUAACUCAUUAUCAUCCUAGGUAUUUUUGAUAUUUACCUUCAUAGUGAAUGCUAUAAAAUCUUUGGCUCUGUAGAAGAAAGAUCUUGUUAGUAAACCUAAGACCGGCCCUGAUAGUCCGGGUAAGAAAAGUGGGGGAAAUAGGUUAGUUCUAUCAGGGUAGAGGUUAACAUCUAAAAGAGAUCCUGCUGUCCAUCUCUUAACUUUCUCCCUCGUGUAUAGAAGCCAUCCCACUUUCACUUGGUCAUUUGUCAACUUCCUCAUGUGUUUCCAGACCCCACCAGUCAAUCCAGAAUGCUAACACCUAAAAGUAAGCUUCAAUCUCAUUGCAUACAAGUCUAAGAAUCUUUAGAGAAGUACAAGUUUGAUAAAUUAAUGAGAUUUGGUUUUAGAUUCUCUGGUAACAUGAAUUUGUGCAUUUUAAGAAACUGAAGUAGGAAGCCUGGAGUUCCACUUGGGAGACAUGCGACAUUUGUAUCAACUGAACAUCCCUACAUGUAUUGCACGUUGUAAAGUUUCAGUGUUGAUCAGUUGUGAGUUUACAGUUUAUACCGUAGGCACAUGUUGCACUGAGGUCAUACAGUAAGUGAAUAAAUGUCUUGCCUACCCA